AUCUGUAUGCAACCAAACAUCGCUAUCCUUACCUACUUCUCGUUUCCCCUCAUUAAAACGUUUCUCCUCCUUCACAGCGUCUUUAAGUUGUAACCUUUUUCAGUUACAGGAACCGCAUUUGCGGCUUGUUUUCCAAGACAUAUUUACACUUUCGUCUCUCUCGCUCUCCUUCGUCAAUGGGUGGGGAGCGCAAGGUGUACACUCUUGCUGAGGUCUCUCAGCACAACAAUUCCACAGAUUGCUGGCUUGUUAUCAAUGGCAAGGUUUAUAACGUGACAAAGUUCUUAGAGGACCACCCAGGUGGGGAUGAUGCCUUGAUAUCUGCCACAGGGAAAGAUGCAACUGAUGACUUCGAAGAUGUAGGACACAGCACCAGUGCUGUGGCAAUGAUGGAUGAAUUUUAUGUUGGAGACAUCGAUUCCUCGACCAUCCCCACCAAGGUUAAGUACACUCCCCCAAAACAACCUCUGCAUGAUCAGGACAAGUCGCCAGAUUUCUUUAUCAAGAUCCUCCAGUUCUUAGUUCCGUUGCUUAUCUUGGGUUUGGCUGUCGGUAUCCGUUUUUACACAAAAUCAACAUAAUCGUUGAAAGUGAAGUAUUGGAGUAGACAUUUACAGUAAUGUAAUCUUGCUUCCAUAGAAUCCUGCCUUGUUUGUGUUAGGACUUAUCAUAUGUUUUUUUUUUUUUUUUAAACCUUACUUUACUGUUAUAUCUCGUUUUGACUUUCUGCUUGAUCUUGCAUGAACUUUGGGAAAUUUCUGUCUUCACUAUUUCUACUGUAUAAAUUGAAGUGUUAACCAAGGGUUUUAGUUUGUCA